AUGGAUGCGCUUGUCUGCCGAGACAUCGCAAACCAUAGCGGUAGUCUUCGGGGUUUUCAGGGGCUUUAUAACACCAGCGGAAACUGUGUCCGGGUGCACUGUGUGGUCCCGAUGGCGAAGUCCCGGGUAGAACGGAUAAUCGGGACUGCUGGAGAUGGCUCAGGUCGAAUGCCGCGGCCUAUGAACUCGUCGAACCUAACGAGAAUGGCUAAUGGCAGCUCGCGGCGAGGAUCUACAAUCCCAAAAGGCCACACCACAUCCUCCAAGGUCCCAAAUGAGCAUAACGCGGCUACCGAUAGAAAGCUGGAUGGUAGUAUACAGAUUUCCAGCCUCCUCGGUCGAAGUAUCCUGGGCACCGUUGCCCGUAUGAUCCGCGGAUAA